UAAUUAUUUUUAGCAGAAAAUCAAUAAUAGAUAUAAUAAUUAUUCUCAUUAUUUGGGAUUGUUGAGAUUUUCAUUACAAUAUUUCGAUUGUUGAAACUUGCAAAAAUUACGGUUUAUUCUGAACAGUUGUAGGCCUACUUGCUAGCUCCCAUCCUAUAAUCCACAAUCCUUCCAUCCAUCAUGAUAUCCUCACUUCCUCUCAUAUCGUAUCAUGAUUAUCUCAUGAAGAACUAUGAUUCAUAAACCAGUCGCCAAUUAAAGCGCAUGCAGAAAAUCCAUUAGAACAUUUAUUGCUAGACAGCUUGUCUCUGUCCUUUAUCCCCACCCACUCAUUUCAAUCCUAAUAUUCAUCUCUAGAAUAUUUUCAGCGAGCUGAAUUUCUUUUCGGACUGCAGUCUUAGGACUGGCUGACUCCUGGACAAUGCGUUUACUAUUGCUAUUGUCAGUUUUGCUGCUUCUGUCAAUUUGCCCCUCAGUCAGUAGGUCGCCGAAUAGUAAGAAAAUUGUUGAAAAAUUACAGAAAGACCAAAGUGAUUCGAGUUUUGAAGACUAUGGUGAUUACAGUAAUUACGAUGAUACGGAUUAUUUCGACAAGAAGAAUGAAACAACAAACGGAAAAUCAGUUCCAAUAGUAGUAAAUGCAUCUUCAUCGGCUACUCUGUAUCACAACUUGCAAAAAUCUAUUGAUAACAAAAACUUCAAUCAAGAUCAAGAAAAGGACUUCUUCAAUCAAGGGAAGUCGGAAUCAGAUAUUUUAAGCAGUGCUCCAGGGUCAUCCUUCUCAAGUCAUGAUGCAUCAUCAGGGCCAGAUUCUGGUAUGUUGUGUGAAUUCGAAGGCAGGACUUACAAAGAUGGAGAGCAAUGGAUUCCUGAGCCAUGUAUUUUAUGUAACUGCUUCUUCAGAACAGUUGGAUGCAAGCAGAUGGAAAAUUGUACUGGUAAUAAUGAAUUCCCCAAAGGAUCUCCAAUCAAUAUCACAGCACCGCAAAGACAAGUUGUCCAAACUGAAAAUGAGGCAGAAAGAACAGCAUUACAUAGGAUUCCUAGUAUGCCAGCAAACCCUGCGCCUCCAGCUAUGUCUCCUGAUCUAUCGGCGUAUUACAAUCAGCUUGCACUGUCGAAUGGUGGGAACGAGAAAGGCCCGACAGGUGGGGAAGGCUACCCUCCCGAGUCCUACCAGCAAUACAUGCAGAUGCAAGUGCAACCGGGUCCUGUUGGCCCCACAGGCGCACCAGGGCCACCAGGACCUCCAGGUACUCCAGGAUUCCAGGGCGCAAGAGGUGAGCCUGGAGAAGUGGGUCCUCCAGGACCUCAAGGGAUAGCUGGUGAUAGAGGAUUGCCAGGACCACCAGGAAAGGACGGAGCCCAAGGUGAAGACGGUGAACAGGGUCUGGUGGGUGCCCCGGGUCCCCCGGGCAGCCGAGGCCCCCCUGGUCUGCCCGGCCACUCUGGCAUGAAGGGGCACCGAGGGCUGCCCGGUUUGGUGGGUGAGAAGGGGGACAUGGGGCCUGCGGGAGAGAAGGGUGAUGUGGGGAGUUCGGGCAUGCCUGGAGCAGCUGGGCCUCCCGGUCCUAGUGGGUCGAGAGGAGAACGAGGCAGAGAAGGAGCUCAAGGACUUCCUGGAUUAAGAGGUGCAGAUGGAUUGCCAGGUCCUGCAGGACCUCCUGGCCCAGAAGGCAAACAAGGACCAACAGGUUUUCCAGGGUUAAUUGGCAGUAAGGGCGAGGAGGGGCCCAUGGGACCCAAGGGUAGUCCUGGUCUUCAAGGUGUCAAAGGAGAAAUAGGACUUCCUGGACUAAUCGGUGAAGCAGGUCCAAUAGGCGCUCCAGGAAAGGACGGUUCAGCUGGAGAAAAAGGCAGUCCAGGCACCCCUGGAUUCGUGGGACCUCCUGGAUUUCCUGGAGCCAGGGGACCUCCGGGAGCGCCCGGUACUAUAGGGCCGCCUGGACCUUCUGGAGAACCUGGUCUGCCAGGGGAACGAGGUUCCAAGGGCGAGACAGGUGCUAAGGGCGAUAUGGGUGCCCUUGGCCCCAAGGGCCAGCCAGGGGCCGAGGGGCCGGAAGGGCGGAAAGGAAAGAGAGGUGGUCAGGGACAGAGAGGACCCGUAGGCCCUCCCGGCGAGAGGGGACCUCCGGGAGAGAGGGGGUUGAAUGGGCUGGAUGGACCGCAAGGGAUCAAAGGACAACAAGGAGACAAAGGACCUGUAGGACUACCUGGACUGAAAGGAGCAACUGGUGAAACAGGGCCUAUAGGACCACCUGGAACACAGGGAUUGCGUGGUAGCCCGGGCAGAGCCGGCCCGUCGGGAAGAGCGGGAAGUCCCGGACCGAGGGGUCCGCCCGGAGCCGACGGGAAGCAGGGGGAGCAGGGGCUGCAAGGGGUGCAGGGGCAGCCGGGACCGUUUGGGCUCAUGGGAGAUAAGGGGGCUCCGGGAGAGCCAGGUAAAGACGGCGAGCCAGGCCCCCCAGGACUUCCCGGACUUCGUGGAGACAACGGCAAGGAAGGUCUACCAGGUCCCCAGGGAAUUCCGGGACCUCCAGGGUUGGACGGGGAGAGGGGAAUCAACGGGCCCCCUGGAUUACCGGGACCCCAGGGUCUGCCAGGAAUCGCAGGAACACCGGGAAAUCCUGGCAAAGAUGGCGAACAGGGUCCUCCAGGAUUGCCAGGAGUGGCAGGAUUGACUGGUCUGAGAGGCGAGAAAGGAUUCACUGGAGAGAAAGGAUCGCCUGGAAUGGCAGGGCUUCCUGGACUGAAAGGAGAGAUUGGACCAAUGGGUGCUGAAGGACCUCCGGGGUUACAAGGGAUGAAAGGAGAACCUGGGACUUCAGGGCCGUUUGGACUUGUGGGUCUUCCUGGAAUUCAUGGACCACCAGGACCGGCUGGGGAGAAGGGUGAGAGAGGAGCUAUUGGUUUGAUGGGACCUGAGGGACCAACCGGUAAACCAGGCGAACGAGGUUUGCCAGGCUCGCCAGGUCCCGUGGGUGCCCCGGGGGAGCCAGCCGAGAGGGGCGACCAGGGGCCGCCCGGACCGCCCGGAGAGAUGGGCCCCCCCGGGAGUCCCGGAGACCGGGGUCCCGUGGGCUUGGCCGGCGCGCAGGGCUUCCCCGGACUGCAGGGUCUGGUGGGGCUGCCCGGCCUCAAAGGAGACAGAGGGUUCCAGGGUGUGAAGGGGGAGGUGGGAAAUCCUGGAGUUAUAGGUAACCCAGGCGCCCCGGGUCUCCCCGGGCUGACAGGGGCAGUGGGAGCAAAGGGGUCACGAGGGGAGUCUGGAGCCAGGGGGGAGACAGGGAUGAUGGGCCCCCCUGGCAGGCCUGGAGAAACUGGACAGAUUGGCCCAGCCGGCACCGCAGGCCCUGUAGGUACACCAGGCUCGCCGGGCCAGAAAGGAGCUGCGGGCGACACGGGACAUCCAGGUCCAGCUGGACCGGAAGGCCUUCCCGGACUGCCAGGCCUGGACGGACAGAAGGGCGAGGCGGGGGCGGACGGGGUGGCCGGAAAGGCGGGUGAAGCGGGGCUGCCGGGUGCGCCAGGCGAACGCGGCUACCCCGGCCUGGUGGGGCCGCCUGGGGUGGCUGGCAAUACGGGGCCACGGGGACCGCCGGGAGAACCAGGAUCUCCAGGCAAACCCGGACUUGACGGAACUCCUGGCGCGGCUGGUGGCAGGGGUCCUCCCGGAGAUCAGGGACCCGCCGGUGAGCCCGGACUGGAAGGACUUGCUGGUAAGCCGGGAAUGCCGGGAGUCGCGGGGCGACCCGGAGAUAAGGGACCCAUAGGAGCACCAGGGCAACCGGGGCUAGUAGGAGCUCCUGGUAUGAUGGGAGUUACGGGACCAAGCGGAGCUCCCGGGCUUGUUGGAGACAGAGGACCUAAAGGAGAUCAAGGAUUUCAAGGGAUGGAAGGACCAAUGGGACCACGAGGAAUCGCCGGUAUGCCUGGGCCCCCUGGAACCAAGGGUGAGAGGGGAGACCUUGGCCCCAAGGGUGCCAAAGGCCACAGAGGUUUGAUUGGUCUCCAGGGUUUACCAGGAAUGCAGGGCUUGAGAGGAGAAAAAGGAAUGAUGGGCUCACCUGGCAUACCCGGGAAAAAUGGAGAGACUGGACUUAGAGGACCCCCCGGUAAAGACGGCACACCAGGCACCCCCGGAACGGCGGGGUCUCCCGGACCCCGAGGUCUGCCAGGCGAGAAGGGCAAAGAUGGCCUGCCGGGGCCUCCUGGACCCCCGGGGCCCGCAACCGCUGACAAUUACUGGCAACCAUUGGCCUACCUCAAUCAGCCUCAAACCAAAGGACCUGAUUAUUUGAGCGGAGAUGAGCCUUUCGAAUCGAGUAAUGAUGCUCUAGCAGACAAAGACAGGCGGCAGUUUGUGAUACGCCAAAUAAAGGCGACCUAUGACAAUUUGCGACGACCUGAUGGUACAAAACAAUCUCCGGCAAGAACCUGCAGAGAUCUCCAUAUUGCUCAUCCGCAACUACCUUCAGGUGACUAUUACAUAGAUCCAAAUGAUGGUGACAUUGAUGAUGCAAUAUUGGCUUGGUGUGAUUUCAAAACAAAAUCAACAUGCAUACAUCCUUCACCUUCCAACACAGGUGAUAUCACCUUCAUAGAAAAGGACCAAGACGUUUGGCUGAGUGAUGUGAAGCCUGCCAAGAAGUUGUCGUACAAAGCGGACAGCAACCAAAUAGGUUUCCUUCAGCUGCUGUCAACCAGUGCGAGCCAAAACAUAACGUGCCAUUGUCGCAAUGCCGUGGCCUACUAUGACGCAGAGCUGAAGAGUCACCGACGGGGCAUCAAGCUGAUGACAUGGAACGAUGUUGAGAUUGCGCCCAUGGGCAACCAGCGCUUACGCUAUGACGUGGUCAGCGAUGAAUGUCAGAUGCGGAAAGAUAAAUGGUCCAAGACAAUCCUAAAAUAUACAACAGAUAAAUGUUUCCGAUUGCCUAUAACGGAUGUGGCUUUCCGAGAUCUCAGAAAACCUGGACAACUGUUUUCACUAGAGAUUGGACCUGUUUGUUUUUCAUAAAUUAAUAGAUGUACAAAUAUGUGGAAACAUUUAGAGAGAAAUUUAAAGAAAAAGAGAUGAAAUGAAGAAGACAAUAAUUAGUGACAUUCAAAAAAUGAUGUGAUGAAUAUUAGAUAAAGUACUGAUAAAGUCAUGAUUCUAGAAUCGAUUGAAUUUGCCACAUGUCACGAAUAUUCAUCAUAAACGAUCAUUUUUAUUACACAUAUACUACCUUGAUUGUGAUUUUUCCCGUAAUCUACCUUAAUAAUCAAGGUAGUAUAUGUGUAAUAAGAAUGAUCGUUUAUGAUGAAUAUUCGUGACAUGUGGCAAAUUCAAUCGAUUCUAGAAUCAUGAGUACUUUAUCUAAUAUUCAUCACAUCAUUUGAAUAUCACUUGUAUUGAUAAUUUUGAUUCAUCAAUUACUAUUAAAUUCUAAGAUCACAACAAAACUAGGGUUGUUGCUCUUGACAAAGCACUAUAGGCUUCACCAUGGGUUUAAAGUUUGGAAAAUAGGUACCCAAAAUUAUUCAUUUCCACAAUAAUUGUGCAAAUGGGUUUUAGUGUGGAUGUUUUGCAAAAUAAGAUGAUAUUUCAUUUUUUACACAAGUUUGUAGGCUAAUCUGAGUGGUGAACUCACUCAGAAAAGUAGUAACAGAGAAAACUACUAUAAUGCUGUAUUCUGUGUUAGUUGUUACAUAGAUUGUAGCUUUUAACCUAGCUAUUAUAGUUAGUAGUGAUAAACUGUUUGUUGGCAC